CUCGGCCAAUCCCUCGGCAAUCCACUAUCCACCUUAUAUCCACCGUAACCUUGAAACGAAACGAGACAACUUCUCCGUUCACAAGUUUUUGUUGUGUUUAUUUUUGCCUCGAAAUGUAAACAAAGGAAAAGGUUUUCAAUAUGCGCCAAUCUUCCGAGGAUCUUGAUCUCCAAUCGAAAACUUGAGCUACACAGAUUCAUUGUCCACAUAGAGCGAAAAAGUGCAUGUUGACAAAAUAGCUAAUUUUCUAGAAAAAAAGAUGAUUGUCCUCUCACGGAAGCACAGUCAAAAAGAGUGAUUAAGAGCGCAAUGGAGGGACCAAAGGUCAAAAAUUUUAUUCAAGAAAUCAACGUUUGGCGAGGGAAAUGGUGCUUCGAGUGCGAUCAGUGGGUGAAAAACGACCGUUACCCCAAUCCUGACCCAAAUCAAGCAAAUGAUGGACAAAAUAACAAUUUUUGGAAGCGACACGAAGCGUCCGAAGAGCAUCGAGAAUGCAAAAAAACCCGUGGUGGUUUCCUGAAGGGCAAACGAUGGGACGGGUUCACAAUUGUCGCCUCGGUCACAGAUGGGCAGAGGAAUCUCGAGUUUAGAGAGAUGUGUCAGGCUAUGCGAAGACACGGAUAUACGACUAGGCUGUUCCUCGAGGAGGACGUUUACAUAGUCACUUACAGAGAAACGUGGAGCGCAGAGUCGGCGUUGAGUUCAGCCAAUUUCUACAAUGGCAGGCAGAUCUCGGUCAAGCCCAUGCUGUCGGACAUUCCUGCAAGAGUCGCAAAGCCGACUGUCAAUAUGAAAGACUUGCAGCUGAAUGCAAAUGAGUCUUGGGAGAAGCAAGCCGAGGAGUUGGCAAUCGCCUUCAAAGUGCUUGUGACGCCUGCUGAAAUUGCCAGAGAUGAGCAGAGAGUGGACCGACUGCUCUCCGACGUCCGCGGAGUUCUCAGAGAGGAAUUUGAAGAUGUUCGGUGCUUUGUUUUUGGGUCGAGAGUCACCGGGCUGGUCUGCAUUGACAGUGACGUUGACAUUCAAGUGAAAUUAGAAUUGACUGGAACUGAGUUCGAGAACAUGGCAACUGAUCGUGAUGUCCACGAAACACUGAUGAGACUGUGCUACAGACUGUUCCGCAAAAGCAAGCCUUAUUUCACCCAAAUCCUGCCCAUUUACUCGGCUCGCAUCCCUGUCCUCCACAUGCUGCACAAACCGACAUUGCUUGCGUGCGACCUGACGUUCAAAAACAUGCUGGCCGUGCAGAACAGCCAAUUUCUCAGGUUCAUCGUUUCGCAAGAUAAACGCAUCUUUUUCUUCUUCCUGAUUGUCAAGUUGUGGAAAAAGGCGCGCAACCUCAACUUUUCCACCUACAGUCUCACUAUGCUGGCCAUUUUCUACCUGCAAAACCUACCUCGACCGAUGUUGCCUCCAAUUCUGGAUCUCAAAGUUCCCUCGGACUCUCCGAUGCAAAAAUGCAACAUCCUAGACACGCCCUUGAAGAUCGAGAGUGAAAUCUCCUUGAAAGACCUGGUGGUCGGCUUCUUCAAAUUUCUGCCAAAUUUGGACUUUGGCGUUGAGGUUGUUUGUCCUUUGCUGGCGACGACAAUCGAGAAGUGGAAAUUCAGGCAGAGAGAAACCCUUCCUGAUGUGUUGAAGGAACUGGCCGAUUUAAAUGAACACGAUUGUCUCCAAACUGGAAAACCAGCGUGUGUCCAAGAUCCAUUUGAGUUGAACCAUAAUGUUGUCAAAGGGGUCAGCCAACGGCAGCUCCGAGAGUUUGUCAGCCUCUGCACCAAACUUGCCCACCUCUGUGAUAGUAAUCAAAAGCUAGGUCUGAAAGAUCUGUUGAAUUUCACCCCAUCCAACAAGGAACGAAAACCAAACAACCAAGAAUUCGAUUACAAAAUUUGGCUCCAAGACUACCUCCCCAGCAUAGAGCUGCUGCAGAAAACUCUUAUCCGAGAAUUGUGGUUCAGAGACGUGGUCGAUGCAAUCUAUCACAUCUUCACUGAUGUCCUGACUUGCCAUGAAGUAAAAAACGGCGACUCCCAAUCUGAUUCUGGUCAGCCACCCUCAAAGAUGCAGAAAAUGCCCCCGGCUAGGAGCGACGACCUGGCCAGUUGGGAGUUUGCUACGCCCAUCAUUCUGCUCACCUCUAGAAAGAAGCACAACUUGACUGUCAAUGGCUGCCCCUUUGUAAAAGAGUUUCUCAUCACCAAAGUCAUGACCAGCCAGUAUUACAAAGACACAAGUUCCAUUGACGAGAAGUUCCACCUCAAGUUUAAGUUAGACGUGACCUCAAACCGAAAACCCGCCUUUGUCAACCUCCACAUCACAAACAACGGAACAGCCUUGGACACCUUCCGAACCCUGCAAAGGUACGUCACGCAAGAUUUGCUGGCGCUGGUCAACAAAACUGUUUUGUCUCCAUACAAAGAGGAGCUGGAAAAGUUGAACCAAUGCAGCUCGCUGGAGGGACAACUGGAAAUGUUUGUCGUGCAAAACCCUGAAAGUAAACCUCAGCCAGAAAGUGGGGAAGGUAGUAUACCUAAGCAAACCUCCACCAACCCCUUUUUGCAAGCAAUCGAGAAGUUUGCUUAGAAUUUAGUAUUGAAAUAACAAGACUGGCAUUUCGACGUGCCUUUGAUUUUCUGAUUUUAUUGCAAAAGUCUACUUAAAGAGUUUUCUUUGAUGCAGCUUUGAUGGCGUUCAAAUAAAUUUUGAAUUAUUCACAAAUAAAUCCCAUUUUUUGAUCGCAA